CUGGGCAAUAACUUACUUUCUUAGCUUGAACCUUUAGGAUGCUUAUGAGGCAAGGCGGUAUACAUUCUUGAGAAUUUUGGCACCCUAUUGGACUAUUGUCGUCAAAUCUGCCUAGCUGCGUUUCACAGGAGCUCAUUUUUAUUCAUUUAUAACAUAGAAUAUCAUCACACCUUUCCACUGGGAGCUCGGCCUUCCGGUCAGCAUCGGAAGCUGAAGACGCUUUAAGCAUUCCUGUUAUUCAUAGCAGAACAGGCAUAGAGCAAUGUUGAUAAACCAGUAGUUGACAACUUGAAGUGGCCAGCUGCGGAAAUGAGGGCUUUCUGCUCGUUCCUGCGCUGCCUUGGUGCGGCUUCCACAGGCACCGUUGACGUCGAGGCCCGCGAGUCCAGCUCGUCCGGUCAUGGGAAGGAUGGCCUUGAGUUUGAAGACGGCAAGGCGGAGUUCAAGGCGCAUGACUUAGUGAAACAGGGGUCCUUCAAGGCGAGGCUUGACCGGGAUUCGGCGUCUCUACAGAAGGUCGUUAUUGACGGCGAUGCGAAGCCUUACGGACAGGCUUUCGAUGCCUGCGGCCCGACUGCCGACGUCAAGCCUUCCAACGGCGCCUACUCAGUCCAGGCUGUCGAUAUGCUACACCAUGAGCGGACGCUUCGGGCACUGCUGCAGCAAGCAAAAAUCAUGCUUGCUCAGCAAAGUCAGCUGUUGCAGCAGCCGCAGCCGGCAGAAUCACUCCUUGGCAGUAGCAGCACCGGCGUUUUCCUUGCCGACCCGCUUCUUCAGCGGCUGAACACGCAGCUGCUGGAGAUGUGCAGCACUCCACGGCCUGAUGGCCCAGUCUUCCUCCGCAUUGAGUCUGUACUAGGCGAGGUUCGGCAGUGGAUGGGCAGCUCUUCGAGCCCCGCCUCAGCGACUGCGGUCUUGUACGCUAUUGGCGAUGGCUUGGCGCAUGCGGAGCACAUUGUACGGUCCGCAGGGCAAGUACGCUUUUGGCAGCCAGAUACCGUGGCGGCUUUCCUGGCGUUGCUGCAUGUCUACCAUGACGUGCUUCUGCAGGCGGGUCGUGCUGCGCAGCAGCAAAGACUGCAGAAUCAGCAACAGCAUCAGCAGAAGCGUGAGGAGGCUGGUUUGCACCCACAUCCUCAUGUGCAGCAGCAGCGCACGGGUGGAGACGACGUGCCUUCUGAGGACAAAAAACGCCAAACGCCAGCGUCCUCACUGCAGCACACCCCAAGCACCCAAGAUUCCAACCUCUCAUCCAACUCCAAGCCGGACUCGGAGGUGUUUGACCAGGGCCGCCCAUCCGCACCGCAGCAACCAACGCAACAGCAGCUGCAACAGCCACAGCAGCCGCCGCUAGUGUUUGCUGCUGCGGCGCUGCUGCUGCGGCCGGAUUGGUUGGACAUGCUGUCGGAGGUGUUGGAGCUGCUGCAUUUCAAUGAGGAUUACAGCGCGGCUGCGGCUCGGGCGGGCAGAGCACCGCAGGAGGCAGUGGCUGCGGCGCUGCAGCUGUGGGGCUUCCUGACGCAGCUGGUCAAGUUUGCAGCCGCCCAUGCCGAGAGCGUGCAACGUAUGGGUGCAUGCUUGCAGCGUCUGGCCGCGUUGCUUUCGCCGCCGUCAGGUGCCGUGGCGCGGCUUCUAGAGCUGCCGCUUCGAGAGGAUACGUUGGUAGCCCAGCUGCACGCGCUAUGGUUGUUGCAGGUGCUGUACGACAUGCCCGAUGCCAAGGUGCUUUACUCGCCCAUCUUGGCGGACUAUUAUGUCGCGCUGCACCACAACUCCAUGAUUCUGAGCUAUGAGUCUUCCGGUGCGGACCCAAAGUCUGCCUCUGCGGAGCUCUGUCGCAUCCACGCCACGUUGCUGCGUAGCCUGGCGCGCCACCCCGGCCCGCCCGUGCGCGCAGCCUUUGCUCGCAUGCGGACCGUGGAGUGGCUCCUGGCGGAGAUGUCGCUCGAGAGCCAGUUGCUGCCCGCCGCGCACCACUCUGGUGAGGGGGCCCUGGAUGAGAGCUCCGAGGUUGAGAGCGACAGCGACGUCGAGGAUGGGCAUGAGCACAAGGGCCAUGAGGGAGCCCGGGAGGCGUCGGAGAAGGAUGUUGCCAAGAGCGUCGGCCAAGAGAGCACCACGGCUCGCAGGGAUGCGGUAGAGGCAGCGCCAAACGCUGUCAAUGCUAGCGGGUCGGCUGCUUGUGAGGGCAGCGGAGCGGCUGCGGCUGCGAGCGGGGCAGCAGCUGAUGGAGGCAACGGCGGCAAGGGCUUUGAGUUCACGUAUGAUCUUAACGAGGACGUUGAACGGUUGAUAGCCCUAGAAGACGAGCUGGGACAUGACUUGGAGCUUGAAGGCUUUGAGUACGAUGAGGAGGGGAAGCGGCUCAAGGCGCAGAGCGAAGCGAGGCAGGCGGAGGCUGCUGAAGCUGCAGCGGUAGCGGCAGCUACAACUCCGGAGAAGGGCUGCAGCCGAGUACAGACGCCUCCGCAGCUCCCGCAGCUGUGCCUCGGGGCUACUGGCAGCGGCGACCUGGAUUCCGGCAAGCACUGCAGCUGGGGCGGUGAGGUCGACGCUUGCAAGACGAGUACACCUGCCGGCAGCAGCGUCAGUCGGCGCUCGAGCGGUGUGCCCAGGUUAGCGCUGGUGGGGCUAAGGGCUGCGUCCAUUAGCUCCAUGGCCGCCGGGAGCUCCGUACAGUCCCCAGGACCGCGGCAUCAUCGCCGCGUAAGCGCCGCUAACAGCGCAUGGGGGGCAUCAACGUUUUGCGAGGAGGAGGGCUCAGACAUGGCCGACGAGAAUGAGGACGCGGAGGAGGGAAUGUCGCUUCCGGACGAUGGCUCAGGGCGGGCAGUGGAGAAGACCGUUGCCGCCGAGCGGGUUGCACGCUGGUCCAUGAACUUGCCGGAGCCAAGCGUUAGUGCCAUUGUUGACACCAACUCGGGAGGCGCAGCGCCCGCGGGUAGCAGCGGCUGCCGUAACGGCUACCUGCCAUCGCUGCAGUCAUGCAGUCGGCCCGGUUGCGGCGGCGCCGCAGCGGCCGAUGCACCCCCCGGCAGUACUGCCAGCGACUGUGACGGCCGCGGCAGUGCCUCCUCCGGAACCUCGGCCUCCAGCAACAUCGAACCGGCUGCAAGCGAUGCGCCGGGAGCUCCCCCAGCUGUUGCAGCUGCACCACUGGCGUCCAAGAUCAUGCCGCAGCGCUCCCUGCGUGUCGUACAAAUGGAGGGCAGCAGUGGCGAAGACACGCCGGCUCCCCUGUCACCUGGGGCACGCGAGCUGACUGUCGCGUCUCCCCUCCAUUCCGGGCCCCAGGGAGAACUGCACCUCAUGGCUCCUAGCUCCAACUCGGCACGCCUGACAAACCGCUCGUCCGGAUCGGGACAGGGCUCCGGCCGUCCGCCGCUUCCGUACAGGGCUGCCCUAGUUCCGCCCCUGCGGAUGGCCUCCACAGGCUCUGCCAUUCCCGCAUCCGUAGCUGCAUCCGCGGAUGGGCCGCCCGGGACGUCCUCUGCUGCGUCGUCGGCACGCGGGCCCCCUCCAAGCAGCUCCCGUGCCAUGGUCCUGCUCUCCGCAUCUAACCGCGCGAAUGGCGGUGUCUGGACGACUCCCUCAGCUCUCAGCAGCCACCGGCAGCUGUCCCCAUCUCCAUCCCUCCAAUUCCCGGCAACCGCAGGAUCCUCUCCUUCAAAGGACAACGUUCGCUUGUCCUUCCAACAGCCCCUUGCCUCCCCUGCCCGGCCCGGCGAGCACUCUGCCUCCACGUCUCCAGGAACAGCAAUCCGUCCCUCACCGCCGCUUAUCCCCGCCCUCAACCUCCAGUCGCUGCGCCGCCGCGACAGCCACAUCCCCAACACCGACACCGGCCGCACCGCUCCCCUCAGCGCCCUGCUUCGGGCCAGCACCUCCAGCGCCCUGCCCAACGGCGGUGCCAUGGACUCCGGCGCAGGCACGGAACACCGACCUGCCCCACACACUACUCCCUACCGUGGCGGCGACGUGCUCGCAGCCCCUGGCGAGUCGCUGCAGCGGCCCUCGGAGCCCGUUAGGCUGCCUGCGGCAGAGUACCAACAGCUAGCGGCUCAAAGGCUGCUUUACCAGGACCCCGUGACGCACAUCCUGAUGCUCAAGGUCCUGCUGGACUUGCUCGUGACGCCUGCGGGGGCCUUGGACCCCAUGUACGUGCCGCAGCACCCCACGGAGGCUGGCACGCUUCACGCCGAGCACGUGUUGUUGUGGCACCUGAACGCGCCGCGUAACGGCGGUGUGGUGCACGACCUGUGCCGUGGCGCGCAGCGCCGAGCCAAGCAGGCGGCCGCAGCGGCGGCUGCAAAGCAGAGCACCAACAGGCGGCUGUCCUUUUCCUCGGCGUCCGCCGCUAACAAUCCGGCCAAUCGCUCGCCCAACGGUGGAUCUGUGCCGCCCAACGACUCUGCACGGGAGUACCAAGGCGUGGCGGGUGUAACUGCCGGCGGCCGCGGCAGCAGCAACGGCAGCCAGCAGAUGGCCGCCAUUGCAGCCUCUCCACCAGCUAGCCGCCCCUGCGCCAUCACCCGUACCCUGCAGCUCCUCAGCCGCCCGCUCUUCAACGCGAGCCGCUACAGCAACCUCCAGUUCAUGUCGCGCGGCGCAUUCGGCGGCAUCUACCGGGCGCGUAUGGACCUGCUGAAGGGCCCUGCGCUGCCGGGCAAUGCCUCGGGGACUCGGGCCACGUCGAGUGGCUCUUCCUCUUCUGUCACCGCGGCUCCCCCUGUGGCACCCGGCGGAGCAACCUCGGUGCAGGUGGUGAUCAAGACCAUCCAGCUGCCUGGGUCCUCGUUUGACGGUUGCGUCCUGGCGGAUGUGUUUGGAGAGGUGACGAUCAUGGAGCGCUUCUCAGGCCAUGACUGCAUCUGCCAGUUGCUGGAUUACGGCAUGCAUGACGACGCCUACUGGAUCGUCAUGCGCCGCUACCGCUGCUCCCUCGCGGAGUGGCGUGCUCGCCAGCGCCCCCUCAACCCCGCCACCGCCGGCCAGGCCGCCGCCGUCGCUGCCACCGCCGCCGCGGCCCGCGUCUUCCUGUCGGCUCUCUCCCAAGUCGUCGACGCGCUGCGGCUGCUGGCCUCCCACAACGUGGUGCACUUUGACCUCAAGUGCUCCAACGUCCUCAUCGAGCCGCUGUCUGGAGUCCGAGACGGCGAGCUCUGGGCCCCUGUGGGCAACACCAACGCCUCCAGCGUCACCACCGGCAACAGCAGCAGCAACGCCGCUGCCAGCACGGCCGACUCCGCCACGUCUGCGUCCGGUGCAGGGAAGGCCAGCGCCAGCGCGCACGUGGCUCCCUUCCGUUGCGUGCUCGCAGAUUUCGGUGAGGCUCGCGCCUACCGGAGCGCUGCGGAGGCCUUCACGGCUCGCAACCGCGGUACCGAGGUCUUCAAGAGCCCUGAGAUGCUGCUGCUCAACGCAACAAGCCGCACCAGUAACGGCUCUGGAUCCUCUGGCCUGCCGCCCCAUCCGCCUCCACCGCUGCCGCCGCCAGCUCCCUCCUCUGGCCGGCAGGCCCUCACCUACGCCCCGAAACCGCCUGCCCCGCCCUCCACCGGCCGCUCGCCGGUGCGUCCCUCGGGCCCUUCUGUUGGCGCCGGCAGCAGGCAUGAUCACCCCCAGCAUCCGCCGCAGCAGUCCCUGGCGGGUGCAGGUCUGGCAUCGGACGUCUGGUCCCUGGGUUGCCUGGCUUACGAGCUGCUGUCAGGGACGGUGCUGUUUGGCGGCGACUAUGCCUCUGUGACGCACCGUGUUGCCUUUGGUUCCGGAGACCAUCUGACGCUAACGGAGGUGGAGCGGGCGCGGCUGGGCAACCUGCCGCUGCUGGUAAGCCUGGUGGAGUGGAUUCUGGCGCGUGAUCCUGCGAAGCGACCGUCCUUGGAGCGGAUCCGGGAGCGGAUUGAGUCGACGCGGGCUGCGUUGGCUGGGCUGUGCUAAUGGUUUGGAAGGGAGGGAGAGCAAGAAAGGGAGGAUAACGAAGGAGGGGGAAAUAGAAGGGAUGGGUACGAUGAAAUUUAGAGUGUGGUUUAGUUGAGUCCUAUAUGAAGAUUCAUUGUUUGUUGUGUUGUGCGUUGGUCAUUUGACUUGUUGAACAUUUUGACUAGGACUCGCUAAGUUAACGUUGACUAUCUUAUCAUUAGAGCAUGUCAGAACGCGUGGGCUAUAGGACUUGUGUCGCCCUGCGGCUCAUCACUCUCCCCCGACGAGGUUCACGUGACUCCCAGCAUCUAACCUGACACAUCCCAGCAUGUCUCAUGGGUUAUAUGAGCAAAACCUCAUCUUCACAACCUAGUUGAUGUGCCUUCUGUGUGAAUAUCUGUCCAAAGUGCAUAAGAUUAUGUACGUACGACGACUUGGAGGCGACGGUGUGACCUCCGUCCGUAUAUCCUUUUCAAUAUCCCAGGGCAUGGUCUGUGUGAGUGUUGCCAGGGAUUUUGCUGAAAGACUGGCUUCAACACAGAGUGCACUGCUGCCAGGUGCUCUGUGCGGCCCUCCCUUAUCUUGAAUUCCCAAGGCUGAUGUCGGUGUUGGGAAUGCCUUGUAUUCCUGCGAUAGCCAUCGCUGUUUAGGAUUUACCUAGUUGCCAUGUUGUCUGGGGGUUUGAAGAUUUAGUGUGCCCUGGUUGCUAGCACGCAGCUGUGCGGAAGGGGGGGUAGGUGGGAGGCCGUUUCGUACGGUCGUCCUGCCUGCACAGCAUGGUCCCGUGACUCUAUUAUGACCCCGCAAGUCCAUGAUACGUGACUCUGGUCUUGACCCGCCCUUGGGCUUCUUAUAGUAUGCGACAUGGAGCUGUUGACUGGACUUUACUGUACCUUGCAUUGGUGUUCCUGACAACACGACGACUAAUAUGGCUAAUGGAAGGAUGCCCGGCUUUUAUUGCCUUCUGUGGAUGUCCGGGUGGAAAGAAACGCUUCGUUCUUGAGGUUUACUGGCCUGUUUUGUAGGAGGCGUCCCUGCCGAGAUGCGGGACGCGAUUGUAGCCAUUACCUUUUGCAAUAGGUUAGGUAUAGGUCAAGAAUCAACCACUGUUACUUGACCAGAUUAGAGGACGCGCGGAUGUCUAGCGCAGCGCAGGGUCACUGGUGAAUGGAUGUUGUGAGCCGAAUUGCGUGCGACAAUGGGUGUGACAUUGCCGAAACGUAGAAGGCUGCAACAGGAACCGUGUCCCGUUUGUGCGUAUGUGAUUUACAACGGGCAGUAACCGUAUCCCGUGUAUGCGUGUGUUCUGCAACGGGAAGUUUAUAGAAGCACAGCGCUGCAAAUGUUGUUGCUGUUGCUGCUGCUACAUUGAUGGUGAUAGCCGCCUUGGUUAUGGUGCGUAUCCCGUGAUCAGGGAUUGGGGGCCAAUGUGCUUGACACUGUGGUUGCAGUUGGCCGGAUCAAGCCCGAAGCCGCAAAUGAACAGGCUUUGCGUGCCCUGCUUAGUAUAAAUUGUAGCUGACUGUAGCUAUACCUUUUGCAGAGUAGGGUAGGACCAAUGAUUACGUUGUAGAUCAUGUAGGGGACCCAUUACCCUCAUGUGACCCUAAUAGACCCAACGGUGAAUUGGACUGGACAAAACUAGAAAUACCAGUACCCGGGUAUUCAUUUGCCACCUGUGACCUUCCGUGUCCUGAACUAUUCUUUUCUAGGUUCUGGCUCGCUCCUAGACAUGGUUGCCUGUGCAACGGGUAUCCAUUAUCCCCUGUAACAAAAUCCCCACA